CCUCCAGGUUCGAGGCGGCAGGCGAGGGCCAGCCUCACACCAGGCGCUCCGAGGCAGCGCAUCUUUCAGCAGCGCCUGCCUUCCUCGCCCUUCGGCUCUCGCAGGUGCCAGGGCGGUGGCAGUGUGACGGUCCUCCUUUUCACACUCCUGGCUCAUUUGCGGGUCUGUCAACACAACCAGAGACUGUAGCAUCCCUGAGAGGAGCUAUGAGGAGCCCCGCGGAGCCACUGAGCGCACUUGGCCGCUGGUACCUGUAUGCGCUGCAUGGCUACCUGGCGGAGAUGCUGUUCACGGCCGCAUGGGACUUCGCGCUGGACCGGGACUGGCGCCUCCGCGGGGGGAGCAGCCUGUGGGCGCCCCUCAUCUACGGCACCUGCGGGCUGGCCCUGGAGCGCCUCUACCUGCUCCUGCGGGACUACUACCACCUGCCCACCCGUGCCGCCCUCUACACCGCCGUCAUCUACCUGUGGGAGUUCACCACAGGCUACCUGUUGCGCCGGGCGGGUGCCUGUCCCUGGGACUAUGGCCACUUCCGCUACAACCUGCUGGGGCUGGUCACGCUGGAGUACGGGGGCUUCUGGUACCUGGGCUCCAUCCUGCUGGAGACCCUCGUUAUCCGUAACGUGCUCCGGCUCCGGGUGGAGGGCGCGGGGAAGCCUCGCUGGGCCCAACCUGCCUUUGCCCGCCAAGAGGACUGAGAUGGGGAGGGGGGAGGGAAGGACAGCCUCCCCUUUCUUCCCGGAAGACCCACCCCCUGUUCCUGCCCAGUAGACCCCCUCUCCCCCCCCAUUUUUGCCUUGGAGACCCUCCCUGCUUCUGUCUGGGAGACCCACCUGUUUCUUCCCAGAAGACCUACGUCCUCUUCCUACCCAGGAAACAACCCCCCAUUCCUGCCCAAGAAGCACACCACCCCCCAGCCUUCCCCCCCUUCAUGAAACAUGAGAAAGGCGCCUGGUUUUGAGUGACAAGCCCUGGCCUUGGUCAAGGAAGGCAGAAGCUGCAAAGCAAGUGACCUCUUGGACCACACACACCCUUUCUUUCCUGCCUGGGGCACACAGGUAGUCCUCAACUUACGACUCCAACUUAACCCAAAAUUUCCAUUGCUAAGCAAAGUAGUUAAGUGAGCUUUGCCCCAUUUUACCACCUUUCCUGCCACAGUUGUUAAGCGAAUCACUGCAUUUGUUAAGCGAGUAACACGGUUGUUAAGUGAACUUGACUUCCUCACUGCUUAUCAGGGGGCUGCAAAAGAGGAUCACGUGACCCCCUGGGACACAGCAACCGUCAUAAAUAGGAGCCAGUUGCCAAGGGUCUGAAUUUUGAUUCGGUGACCAUGAAUGGAGGCUGCAAUGGUCCUAAAUUGGAAAAAUGAUAAAUCACUUUUUUCAGUGCUGUUAUAACUUUGAAGGUCACUCAAUUAACGGUUAUAAGUCAGAGUGCAGAAGGACAGCUUCUGCACUCUACCUUACCUGUACAGGUGAUCCUGGUUUCCAACUCAGCUCAGUGGGAAAAGAGCUUGUAAUGGACAGUGGUCAAUCUCUGGUGUGGUUCUCUCUUAGAACUAAGCCAGGGAAUAAAACCACCAUUGGUUGGGUUUGUCCAGAGCUGGACAACUUGAAACACCAGUGCAGGAUUGGCCCUUAAAACAUUCAAAACUUUGUUGACUGGAUUGUAAUCUUCAAAAAGAAAAAGCCAUGAAUUCCACAAAGUGGAGUAACCCCAAAGACAUGUAUUGACUUCUAAUUAAAGGGACAUUAAUUGAAA